CCCAUUUUUGUCCCCUCCGUAACCCUCUCUCUCUCUUCUCUAUUCUCUCUUUCUCUCCCUGAUUUGAACUUCCUAUCUGAUUUCGCCGCCGCACACGGCGGAGACGCCACCGCGACCACCGUACGCUCGCCGAGAUCCGCCCGAUUCCGGCGGCCCUUCCGGAUCUCCUUUCACCUCUUCCAAGUAUCCAACUCCAAAAUCCGUCCAUAUCUCUCUCUCUUUUGGUCUCAUUAAAUUUUUAAAAAAAAUUUUAUAACGAUUUUGCUUUUUUUGUUUUUUUUUUUGCCUUUUUUUUUUCCUGCGGAAAAAAAAAGUUUUUUGGUUUUAUUAUUUUUAGUUCGAAGUGAAUUUACAUUUCCAACCUAACUGCAAAAAUUUGCGACCCCACUUUCCCUUCCACGCUUUUUACCGUUUCGGCCGUUUUCUCUCCUGGCGAGUUUGUGUGGUUGGACGGUUUUGCCCUUACGGCGAAUAAUCUUUUGUUUCGGUUUUUAGGGGUUAAUUAAAAAUUCUCGCUGCUGACGUGGCGAGCGUGGGAUUGAUCGAGUAAGAUUAGAUUAGUGAAACGGACGGUGGAGAUGAGUUAUCAUGCGCGGCGAUUCUUGCCACCUGGAGGGGCGUCACGGAAACGGAAAGAGAGGGAAACGGCGUCUUAUUCGACGUGGCCGUCAAGUCCAGUGACGGGCGUUAGCAGUCCCAGUCAAAAGGCAACGACGUCGUCGAAGCAAGCCGAGCCGCCGGCGGGGGGCUCGUCUAACCGGCUCCUAGCCGGGUACAUGGCUUACGAGUUCUUAACUAGCGGGACUCUGUUCGGGCAGAAGUUCGACCCGGCCCGAGCCGAGGCUUUCCCGGUGAACAACAACAACAACCUCUCCUCCGAGUUGAAACGGGGCAGUAAGCCGGGUCAGAGCCCGAGCAGCCAGGAACCCGAGCCGAGCCAAGCUUACAUUGAAGUGGCGACCCUACUGAAGAACGAGGGGGCCCACAUCCCCGGUGUAGUCAAUCCAAUGCAGCUGGCACGAUGGAUUCAGAUGUGACACCUUGGUGGAAGAACCGACCUCGAGGGUGACGUGGCAGCUUUUCAUUGGCCCAAAGUCGCGGCUCACGUAAGAAACCAUAGAACCGCCCUUACCUUUAUAAAAACUUCUGCUCCUUCUUUAGCGUGGCGGGCUUGUGAAAAUCCCAAAAAAAAAAAAAAAAAAAAAAAAAAAAAAUCUUGCAUGGCCGUCAUGAAAGCCAGCAGAAAAACUCAACGUUUUGUUCAUGAUUCUCCUCUUUUUCUUUUAUGAAAAAAAAAUCUGGGUUUUUUCUCUUUUAUUAAAAUAAUUAGAUUGUUAUACCAUAUAUCCAUCUUUUACUUAAGUUUUGAUUAUCUUUUCUGCAA